AUGCCCAGGCCGGAUGGCUAUGUCAGCCCUGGAAGCAAGAAGGAGCUCGGCUCUGAGCAGCAGCAGGACAAGGCUCUGUGGGGGCUGGCACACGGGGGGAUGUACAGAGCUCUUUCCAACCGGCGCCGAGCCAGGGGUAUCUCUCGGGACAACUGGCACAAGCGCCGCAAGACCGGGGGCAAGAAGCAGAAAUAUGAGCUGGGACGCCCUGCUGCCAACACUAAGAUUGGACCCCGUCGCAUACACACAGUCCGCGUGCGCGGCGGCAACAAGAAGUACCGGGCCUUGAGGCUGGACGUGGGCAACUUCUCCUGGGGCUCAGAGUGCUGUACACGCAAAACGAGGAUUAUUGAUGUUGUCUACAACGCAUCCAACAACGAGCUGGUCCGCACCAAGACCCUAGUGAAGAACUGCAUCGUGCUGGUUGACAGCACACCGUGCGGACAGUGGUACGAGUCCCACUACGCACUGCCCCUGGGCCGCAAGAAGGGGGCCAAGCUGACUCCUGAAGAGGAAGAGAUUUUGAACAAAAAACGAUCAAAGAAAAUUCAGAAGAAAUACGAUGAGAGGAAAAAGAAUGCCAAAAUCAGCAGUCUUCUCGAGGAGCAGUCCUCCCUCCAGUGCCUGGCAACCACUAUUCUACUUAAUGUCUCUGAUUUUGACCACUCUGAGUAG